CACAAUCCAUAUAAGUAAAAAAAAAAGAAUGAAAGGGAGAGAGACAGUCGCAAAGCAUUUUGAAACUAGAGCAAAAAAAAUCUGUAAGAAAAUACAUAAUUCUUCCUAUAUAAACUUAUAUAUAUAUGCUAGAGUCUAGAGCGAGAGAUUACUCAUAAUCAUUUUACCAAAACUUCUCGUACAUUCAUCCUCUUUUCUCAUACACAUGUCUCAACUUCAAGAAGAGGGAAGCGGUCCAGUUCAUGGCUUCUUGUUGUCAACCGUGAGUUCAACCCAACCGACUGAAACGGGUACAACCCACGAACGUACCGGUUUAGACCUAGCCAUGAAACUCCACUACGUAAAGGCGGUUUGUAUUUACUCGGCCGAGGCGGCACGUGAAUUAACUGUGAUGCACGUGAAAGGACCCUUUUUCCCAAUAUUCAACCAAAUUCCAUGGAUCAGUGGCAGGUUAAGCCGGCACGACUCGGGACGCCCGUUCAUAAAGUGUAACGAUUGUGGCACGCGUUUUGUUGAAAGUCAGUGUGAUCUCACAGAGGAGGAGUGGCUACGUGUAUCGGACAGGUCCGUUGAUGAGUCUUUGGUUUAUCAUCAACCAGUUGGACCGGAGUUGGCAUACUCUCCUUUGAUCUAUAUUCAGAUGACCCGGUUUAAGUGCGGUGGAUUAGCUUUGGGCUUUAGCUGGGCGCAUAUCAUAGGAGAUGCACUAUCUGUUUCUCACUUUUUAAACUUAUGGGCUCGGGCCUUAGCUGGUGAAGAGGUCUACUGCCCCAAAACCACAGACUCGGAAAGAGGUUUACCAAACCCGAAUCCCACAGGCAAAGAACCGGGUUCCAUCAAACGGGUUGACCCUGUUGGAGACCUUUGGGUCGCUCCGAGUGAUAGCAAAAUGACAACACACUCCUUCAAUGUAACGGUCAAGAAUAUAAAAACAAACUUUGGGGCGAACGGAAAUGAAUUCGAGAUUCUCAGUGGGAUCAUAUGGAGAUGCAUCGCGCAGGCGAGAGGAGGAGGAGGAUCAGAGCCGGUUACGAUCACGAUCAUCAGAUCGGAUCCGAACGGACUGAAACCAAGAGCGGUGAGAAACAGUCAGAUGAUUAGCUCCGUUCACGUUGAUUUUUCAGUGGCGGAAGCGAAGUUGGAGGAGAUUGUUAAAUCUAUUGGAAAAGCGACCGAUGAGAGGUCCGAGAUCGAUGAGAUUGGAGAGAGCGAUGAUUUCAUUGUAUAUGGUGCGAAGUUGACGUUUGUGGAUCUAAGCGAAGUUGAUUUCUACGAGGCGAAAAUAAAGGAGACGUCGCCGGUGUCGGUGUACUGUAAUGUUCAGGGGAUAGGAGAUGAGGGAGCGGUGGUGGUUUUGCCGGCGGCUGUGGAGGAGGAGAGGGUUGUGACGGUGACGUUGCCGGAGGAUGAGAUGGAGAAGGUUAAAUGGGAACUUAAGAAGUGUGGCUUAAUCAAGACGUUAAUUAACGGAGAAUGAACUUGGAGUUGUUUCUUUCCUUUUCUUUGUUGUGUCAUGUUUGUUUGCCUGAAUCAUCGUAUUUUAUUUGUCGUGCAUCACCAAUAAAGCCAAGAAGGCGAGUUUAUGUGUCGAGUCAAGGCGAGUUUGAUUAUAAUGUAUGCUUGACUAUGUGUGUGUAUCAGUGAACUUGAUCAUGUAUCCUAUUAUUGAAUAAGCGUGAAUUUCUACGAAUACAAUUGCCUUUUCUUGUUC